AUGUUCAGUCCCUUCCAUCAGUCCCCUCGAUCAUCUGACGUCAUGUGUUGUGACAUCUCAAGAGCGCUAGCCAGUGAAGUAGCGCUGCCAGGAAAAGGCUCCAAAAGGAACGACAAGUUCAAAACGUACGUGCACAAGGAUCUGCUGACGACUCCUGAGUGGGAGGACAUCCAGGAGCGGUUCGGUUUGAGUGCCCUUGGAACUACCUUGAAGCGGCAUGAAGCGGGGGGGAAGCAGAUGACGGUUCUAGACCAGGCGUUCCACAGCGGGGGGCCAAACGGGGACGAGCACAUGUACGCGAAUCAAAGCCAAAAGAAGUCGGAGGGGGCCGGGGCGGUGGUGAGAGCACCGCAGGAUUCGAAGAAACGGAAGCGCAGAAAGGGGGGGGGAGCAAUGAAGAAACGGAGUGGAGAGGAAAGCAAGCCAGCGGGGGAGAAGCCUGGUUAUGAGUUGUGUAAGCCGAGUGAUGCGGAGGGGCGGAAUAAGUCGUGCGCAGCGGGAGAGGGGGAGUCGGAGUCGCCGCGAGGUGCGCGGGCGCAGUCGGGCGGAACGCGUGCGGAUACGCGGUUGCAGUCGCAGACGGUCGGAUCGUGUGCGCAGCCACAUCUGGGCGGGCUGCCUGCGCAGCCUCGGUCGCCGGAGCAGGUCGGGUGCGCAGCCACGUCAGCAGCCACGUGA